AUGUCCCAAGCCAUCAAAGGCCUUUUGCUUGCCAGCUUGGCAGGAUCGGCUCUGAGUAGCACUAUUCCUCGUGCUGCCUCACUGCCUGUCGCCGAUACAGUGUUUGUAAAUGGAGUGAUCCAUACUCUUGACGACAAAAGCAACACCAUCACCGCAGGUUCAUUGGCCAUCACCAAUGGCACAAUCACAUGCGUUGGUAAAGAGGAGGACUGCAAGCCCGCUGUUGGAGCUUCAACCAAGGUGGUCAACCUGAACGGCAAAUCAAUGAUCCCUGGCCUGAUCGAUGCCCAUAUCCACCCCCUUGAUGCUGGCCGAGCAAUGCUUGGAUGUACUCUGCGCUUCCAACAGCUCUCUCCUGAGGGCCUCCGCAAGAUCAUUCAAGCCUGCAUUGACUCGCAGCCUGGCCAGAAUGACCUUUUGACAGUCACUGAGUGGGACCGUGAAGGAUUCACCACCCUGAACGGAGGAGCAAACAAGUCCAUGCUCGACUCACUCAACACCACCCGGCCAAUUGCUAUCAUUGCUUCCAGCCAGCACAACAUCUUCGUUAAUUCCAGAGCUCUCCAGCUCAUUAAUGCUACCCGCGACACCCCUAACCCUCCUGGCGGUAGGAUCGGACGCGACGCCAAGGGCGACCUCACUGGUAUGCUCGAGGAAAACGCGGUUGUUCCCAUCCGAGCUCUCAUGGGAGACCGUGGCAUUGCCCAGCUCGAUGCUGCCACUGCGGCCAUCUCGCAACUCCGCCGCAAGGGUAUCACCAGCUUCUUGGACGCACUCCAGACACCACACACAGCCUGGUCUAGCCUCAAGUCCACCAACGAGCUGACUGCUCGUGUCUUCAACAACUUUGGUAUCUUCGGAAACACUGAUUUCUCCACAAUCAUCAGCCAAGCAGUAGCAAGCAGGAAGCAGUUGGAUGAGGCUCUUGUCGCCGCUCCAGGCCAACAGUGGCGCAACGUCAAGUUCUUCAUUGAUGGCAUUCUGCCUUCUUCCUCCGAGUCCAGCUGGCUCCUCAACCCCUACCUCGUCCAAGAUUCCAAGGGCAACUGGGUCCCAGGCAACCACUUUGGUCUUCCCAACACCAACCAAACCGAGCUUCAGAAACUCCUCACGUUGACUCUGGACGCCGGAAUGGGUCUCCACGUCCACGCCAGUGGUGACAGGGCCGUCCGCACCAUACUCGACAUCGCCACCGGCAUGAACCGCACCUUUGCCCCCCACGACAUCGGCAUUGCCCACGCCGAGCUCGUCGCCGCCGAAGACCGCAACCGCUUCCAGGAACUUGGUAUCCCCGUCAUUGCCUCGUACCAAUGGGCGCAAAAGGCCACCUACUGGGCCGGUGACAACUCGCUCGUCCUCGGCACUGACCGCAUGGCCGUCGCCCAAUCCUCCGGUCUCCUCAGCAAGGCGGGCGCCCUCGUCGCCUACGGCUCAGACUGGCCCGUCGACCCUCUCGACCCCUUCCUCGCCCUCGCCGUCGGCGUCACCCGCGCCGGCGACCCCCAGAACAAGAACGCCCACGCCAGCUUCGGUCCCCAGUUCGUCGGCCGCCUCGACCAGCAACCCGCUCUCUCCCGCGAGGCCGCCCUCAGGGGCAUGACCACCGUCGCCGCCACCUACCUCAACAGCUCCGCCAGCAUCGGAUCCCUCGAGCCCGGCAAAUUUGCUGAUCUCCUCAUCCUCGACAAGGACUACUUUGACACUGCUGCUGUCCCUGAUGAUGCCCUCUCCAGGAACAAAGUCCUCAUGACUAUGGUUGGUGGCCGCGCUGUCUUUUCUGAUGAGUCUGCUACUUUCUUGCCCGCCGAGUGGCAGGCGGAGUCCAAGAAGCUCGAUAGCAACCCUGUUAUCCAGCGCAUGAAGCCUGGUAACAUUCUCACCCGCGCUAUUACUGGUCGCGCUUGUGGUUCGCACGUUGGACACCAGCACUAA